CUUUUUCUCUCAGCCAAUCAGCGCUCGCGCGCUCGCUCACACUCUAGCUCGCGACAGCUCGGCUCGAGCGCACUGUAAUUCGUGAGCAGAUCUGCGCGCGCACAGAGCGAUAAACAAACCGCUGACUGAGAAAAUGCUGCAGGCAGAGUUUGAGAAGAUUGCAGCGGAUGUAAAACAGGUGAAGACUAGGCCAUCUGAUCAGGAGCUACUGGAUCUGUAUGGUCUCUACAAGCAGGCUAUUGCUGGGGACAUUAACAUCGAUGCACCUGGAAUGUUGGAUAUGAAAGCAAAAGCAAAAUGGGAUGCUUGGAAUUCCAGGAAAGGCAUGUCCACAGAAGAUGCCAUGACUGCCUACAUCACCCUGGCCAAGGAAGUCAUCAAUAAAUAUGGAAUGUGAUGAAUUUUUAUCACUGGAUUAGAUUUACAUGUGAGCCCAAAAAUAGUGGAUAUGAUAUUGCUCAGAUAGAUUAAACAGUUAUUGUUAAUGUUACACUAAUUAUCUGUUGUGGUUCUGAAUUUUAACAGUGUAAUAGUUACUGUAAGGGCUAAGGAUAAUGCUAUUAUUUUUGCAACAGGUUGAAAACAUUAAAAACAUUGUUGUGAUUUGUGUUA